AUGCGGUUUCACUCUUUACGCUCUAGAUGUGGCGGCACGGCUGGAGCCAUCCUGACCUGCCCCCUGGAGGUGGUGAAGACACGGCUGCAGUCAUCCCAACUGGCGUUGCGGCCCGUGUGCCUCCCUGAGAUACAGCUGCCGAGCAUGAGUGUGCGGCUGAUGCACCCAGCCCCACCAUCCCCUGGAGUGCUCAAGCUGCUGAGGGCCAUCCUUGAGAAAGAAGGCGUGCGAUCCCUGUUCCGAGGCCUGGGCCCAAAUCUUGUUGGGGUCGCUCCUUCUCGGGCUAUCUAUUUUGCUGCCUAUUCUGGUGCUAAGGAGAGGCUCAAUGCUGUUCUUGUACCAGAGUCCAAGAAAGUGCACAUGCUGUCGGCAGCCUGCGCAGGAGUUACCUCUUCCACACUCACUAACCCUAUCUGGUUGGUGAAAACGAGAAUGCAACUGGAAGCCAGGGUGAAGGGGGAGCUGGGCAGUAAUGCCCUCCAGUGUGCCAUGCGCGUGUACCGCACUGAGGGCCUGCGGGGCUUUUACCGAGGAAUCACUGCUUCCUAUGCUGGAGUGUCAGAGACCAUCAUACACUUUGUCAUAUAUGAAGCACUGAAACAGCAGCUGAAGAGCGGCUAUCAUUCCCUGUCCCCACCACUUGGGCUUCCACCCAACAACCAUGAUUUCUUUGGACUAAUGGGAGCUGCUGCUGUCUCCAAAACAUGUGCCUCGUGCAUUGCAUAUCCACAUGAGGUCAUUCGGACACGGUUGCGAGAGGAAGGCUCCCGGUACCGUGCCUUUAUACAGACUCUGCAGCUUGUGGUCCAUGAAGAGGGCCCCCUGGCUUUAUAUCGGGGGCUUCUGGCCCAUUUGAUCCGCCAGAUUCCCAACACAGCUAUCAUGAUGGCUACUUACGAACUCAUUGUUCACCUGGCCUCCUCCACCUUGUAAGCACACUGCAGCACCAGGCU